AUGGACAAAAGUUGGAUGAAAAAACCUCGACAUACAAAAGAGUAUGUUGAUGGUGUCAAUGAGUUUUUGAAGUUUGCAUGUGAGAAUUGUCCUACAGAUUCAUCGAUUUGUUGCCCAUGUAGAAAAUGUGGAUUGCGUAUGAUGUUCAUGCCCAACAUGGUAUUUGAUCAUUUGAUUAGCUAUGGAAUUUCUCAAGGUUACACCAUUUGGCAUGCUCAUGGGGAGAGAAAAGGGGAGGCAUCUUACCAUGCUAUUGGUGCCCAAAACAAUAAUGAGCAAAUAAAUGAAGGCUCCAGUGGGAUGACAACUAUGUUACAUGACGUUUUUCCAAUGUUUGAUCCUGAAAUAGUCGAAGGUACUGGGCCUGAAAUACGUGUGGAAGUUGGAGAAGCUGGAGUGCAAUAUGAAAAUCGACAAGAUUCAAAUGAGAGAGUUAAUAAAUUUUACAAUAUGUUAAAAGAUGCUGAUGAGCCAUUAUAUGAAGGGUGCACAAAACAUACUAAGUUUAGUGCUAUCGUACGUCUAUGGAAUAUGAAGUGUUUGGGUGGAUUGAGUAAUAACAUAUUUACAGAAUUGCUUGAAUUUGUGAAUGAGUUGCUCCCACCAGGAGCAUCAUUGCCUAAAAAUACAUACGAGGCGAAAAAGUACAUGAAUGAGUUAGGGCUUGGAUACGAGAAGAUCUUAGUAUGUCCCAAUGGUUGUAUGUUAUUUUGGAAGGACAAUGAGAAUCUGGAAACAUGCGUGGUAUGUGGAGCAUCAAAGUGGAAGCGAAAAGAGUCUAUGGAUGAAAGCUCUAAAAAAGGUAAAAGAAGUCCAGCAAAAAUAUUACGGUGGUUUCCGUUAAAACCAAGGUUGCAAAGGCUUUUUAUGUCAUCGAAGACUUCUUCACAAAUGAAAUGGCAUGCUAUAGGCCGCACAAAUGAUGGGGUACUAAGGCAUCCAGCAGAUGGUUUGGCUUGGAAGACGUUUGAUUCACAACAUGAUGAGUUUGCCUCUGACCCCCGCAAUGUUAGGCUUGGUUUAUCUGCAGAUGGCUUUAAUCCUUUUGGUAACAUGAGCAUUUCCUAUAGUACCUGGCCGGUUAUGUUGGUACCUUACAAUUUACCUCCUUGGAUGUGCAUGAAACGAUCAACUUUCAUGCUAUCUUUGCUUAUACCGGGACCAUCAUCACCUUCAAUGAAUAUAGAUGUAUAUUUAGAGCCUCUAAUAUCAGAAUUAAAGGAAUUAUGGGAGAUUGGAGCACCAACCUAUGAUGUUUGCUCUAGAGAGACAUUUACAAUGCGUGCGGCUUUAAUGUGGACGAUAAAUGAUUUUCCUGCAUAUGGUGAUUUGUCUGGAUGGAGUACGAAAGGUCGUUUAGCAUGUCCUUGUUGUAUGGGUAAUACACGAUCUAGAUGGCUGAAACAUGGAAAAAAAUUUUCCUAUAUGGGGCAUAGACGAUUCUUGCCAAUAAAUCAUAAGUGGAGAAUGAUGGCAAGAACAUUUGAUGGUACACGAGAAAUUGAUCCUCCACCUACCAUGCCAACACCUGAUGAAAUUUUGGAACAAUUAGAUGAUGAAAGAUGCAAUGAUAGAACAAAUCGUAAAAGAAAUAGAGUUGUGGGGUCCACUACUGUUAAGGAACACUCAUGGAAGAAACGUAGUAUUUUCUUUAGUUUGCCUUACUGGAAGGAUAAUUUAUUGCGUCAUAAUCUUGAUGUGAUGCACAUUGAAAAAAAUGUGGUGGAUAAUAUUGUUGGCACACUAUUAAAUAUUGUUACGAAAUCAAAAGAUGGCAUACAGGCACGCCUUGACUUACAAGAGAUGGGUUUGAGACCACAACUUCAUCCGGUUAUAACAGCUGCAAACAAGACAUAUUUGCCUCCAGCUAUUUUCACAAUGAGUAACAAAGAGAAAGAAGACUUGUUGAAGGUUAUAAAAAAUGUAAAAGUACCAGAUGGUUAUUCUUCAAAUGUUUCACGUUGUGUCAAGCUUGAACAUCGUACUAUAGUGGGCAUGAAGAGUCAUGAUAGCCAUAUACUGAUGCAACAACUUCUGCCAAUUGCAUUACGUGGGUCAUUACCUAAGAAGGUAAUAGAACCAUUGAUCGAGCUAUCUGGAUUCUUCAGGGAAAUUUGCUCGAAAACAAUGCGGCUUGAAGAUUUGGACCGAUUGGAAUCUAGAAUACCCUACAUAUUGUGCCAAUUAGAAAUGAUAUUUCCACCAUCAUUUUUCACGGUUAUGGUGCACUUGGUUAUACAUUUAGUUGCAGAAUGUAAACUUGGAGGACCAGUUCAUUAUCGAUGGAUGUAUCCCGUUGAAAGGUACCUACACCGACUUAAGUUUCAUGUGCGUAACAAAGCUGCACCAGAAGGUUCCAUUGCUGAAGGAUAUUUGCUGGAGGAAUUAUUGACGUUUUGUUCUCGUUAUUUAGAAUCCGCUCAAACGGUUUUCAAUAGACCAUCUAGAAACCCGGAUGAUUCUAAAGGGAAAGUUCUUGACGUUCGCCUUGAUUUUACGGCGUGGACUCAAGCACAUCGCUAUAUUCUCUUCAACUCUGAUGAUUUCACUCCAUUCCGCAUGUGA